AUGGAAGAAGAAAACGUCAGCUAUGGCUCACCAGCCAACGCUGCCACUCCUGGCAGCAACCCCAUCCUCGCUCAACCGCCUCUACAGGCUGGUCCAACUGGUGAGGCUGAAGCUUCCGAAGCAGAUGUCCAGAUGUCUGAAGUCCAAGCUCCUGCAGAACCCCAAAUCAAGCAGGAUAGCAACACCCCCGCUCCUGCUGCUCUUUCAGAUAACCCCCUAGAUGCACCCGCGGGACCUCCCGCUGAGACCGUUUUGGGAUCCAAGGAGGACGAGGAGAUGGGCGAUGCCCCCAAGGAUGGUCAGAAUGUUGAGAAGGAAGGCGAGGCAUCAGCGCCCGCUGCCGGUGCCGACGGUGCUGCGACCGAGACCAAGUCGAAAGAAAGCAUAGAAAACGCCGCUCGCGAACACCUCAUCUCUCAGACACAUUCCAUCGUGCUGCCGAGCUACAGCACAUGGUUUGAUAUGAACACGAUUCACAGCAUCGAGCGCAAGGCUUUGCCUGAAUUCUUCAAUAACCGUAACCGCAGCAAGACGUCUCACGUCUACAAGGACUACCGAGACUUUAUGAUCAACACAUACCGUCUCAACCCAAGCGAGUACCUAACCGUGACGGCCACGCGACGAAACCUGGCUGGUGACGUGUGCGCCAUUAUGCGCGUGCAUUCUUUCUUGGAGCAGUGGGGUCUGAUCAACUACCAGGUCGACGCCGAUCAGAGGCCUUCGCCAGUUGGUCCUCCAUUCACAGGCCAUUUCCAGAUCAUUUGCGAUACACCCCGUGGUCUCCAAGCAUGGCAGCCUUCUGCGGAUCCCAUUGUCGUUGAUGGCAAGAAGAAUGUCGACACCGACCAAAAGGCCGCUGCCACUCCGACGGCUGCUGGUGAGCGCAACUUGGAGAUUGGCCGCAACAUUUUCGAGGCCAGCGCCAAGGGCAAGCAAUUGAACAAGACGGAGUCAAAGACCAACGGCGAAGCUCCUGCCACUAAUGGCACUGCGAGCGCCACGCCCGAUGCCGAAGAGUUGACAAAGAAGCCUAUCGCCAAGGUCAACUGCACAAACUGUGGCGUGGACUGCACCAGAGUGUACUACCACCUUCCAGAAACUCAGGGUCCCGGCAAGGCCAAGAACGACGUUUGUCCUAGCUGUUAUCUGGACGGCCGUAUCCCCCACAACCAGACCAACAACCAGUACACCAAGCUGGAGAACCCGACCUACUCUGCAGUACUGGACCGCGACGCUCCAUGGUCUGAUGCUGAAUUAUUGCGUCUCUUGGAGGGUCUUGAGAAGUACGAUGACGACUGGGCCGAAAUUGCAGAGCACGUUGGCACCCGAACAAGGGAAGAGUGUGUCUUGCAAUUCCUGCAGCUUGACAUAGAAGACAAGUACCUCGAGUCGGAGGCCCCAGUACACGCACCUACAGGUCUUGGUCUUUUGGGAAGCCACGGCGGCCAGCUUCCUUUCAGCAAAGCUGACAACCCCGUAAUGUCGGUGAUUGGUUUCCUGGCAAGCUUGGCAGAUCCCAAGAGCACAGCUGCCGCCGCCAAGCUAUCGGUCGAGGAGCUCCGGGCUGGCCUGAGGAACAAGAUCGAGGGUGGCGAGGACAAGUCGAGCGAAAAGGGCAAGGAAAAGGAGGGCGACUCGAUGGAGAUCGAUAUUAGACAAGAGACGACCACUACCACAACUACGACCACGACCACAACGGCAGCUGCAAGCAUCCCUCUAGCCAUGAUGGCUGCUCGCUCAGGUGGUCUAGCUUCUCACGAAGAGCGUGAGAUGAGCCGCCUUCUCAGCGCCGCUGUCAACGUGACCCUGCAAAAAAUGGAGCUCAAGAUGAAGUAUUUUGAGGAGAUGGAGAGUAUCUUGCAAGCUGAGAGACGCGAACUCGAGCGUGGCCGCCAGCAGCUGUUCCUGGAUCGUCUCGCGUUUAAGAAGCGAGUACGGGACACCCAGGAGGGUCUCAAGACAGCCGCGGUCAAUGGUGACAUUAAGAUGAGUGGCCUUGAAUCGCAGGGCUUAACCUUUGCGACUACACCAGCAGUGGGAUCAGUACAGCCAGUGGGUGCGGAUGGUCAGAUCAAGAGCUACGAGGCAUAA